CAGGCCUUGGUUCCUUUGAACCCACCCAGGCACUGGGUUCCUUGCGAACCCAGCACGCUUGCCUGGGUUGGGGGAACCCACCGGCUGGGUUCCAUGGAACCCAAGUGCUGGGUUCCCUCGAACCCACGCUUGGGUUCAAAGAACCCAGCUGGUUCGUGGUUGGGUUCUUUGGAACCCAGCUCGCCGCUGGGUUCUAUGGAACCCAACCCAACCUUGGGUUCCGUGGAACCCAAGCAUGGGUUCGAAGAACCCAACACACCUGGGUUCCUCGAACCCAGGGGCAAGGAAGAGGAAGGAAAAAAAAAGGGCAUUGUUGGGUUUGAUUCAACCCAGGUGCUAGCGUUACAGUCCAGCCAAUACGAUUCCCUUGGUUCAGCUGCUUGGAGGCUGGUGGCUGGUAGCUGCAGCUACACCUCCAGCCUCCUCCUAACUGGGUACAGACGACGCAAUUAUCUUUCCAUUUUCGGAAAGGGGUUGGAUUCCAUCUUCCCCUCCCUUCUUCCCUUUCAUCUUUCCCUUCCAUAUCCUUUCCAUUUCGGAGCAAGAAGAAAAUUUAAGCUCACCAACCGUCCCGGUCGUCCGAUCGGAAUGGCUAGAGGAAAGAUCCAGAUCAAGCUCAUCGAAAACUCCACUAACCGGCAGGUUACCUAUUCCAAGCGCCGGAGCGGUCUGUUCAAGAAGGCCAGCGAGCUCACCGUUCUCUGCGAUGCCAAGGUUUCGAUUAUAAUGAUUUCCAGCACCGGGAAGCUCCAUGAGUACAUCAGUCCCGCCAUCACGACCAAGGAUUUCUUCGAUCAGUAUCGGAGGACGACGGGGAUUGAUCUUUGGAGCACUCACUAUAAGGCUAUGCAGGAGCAACUGAAGAAAGUGAAAGAGGUGAACAGGAAGCUGCGGAGGGAAAUAGGGCAGAGGAUGGGUGAAAGCUUGAAUGAUCAGAGCUUAAAGGAUCUUCAUUCUCUGAUGCAAGAUAUGGAGGAUUCUCUGAAGCUUAUUCAUGAUCGAAAGAUUAAGGUGAUCAGCAAUCAGACUGAAACUCUCAAGAAAAAAGUGAGGAAUCUGGAAGACAUACAAAAAAAACUCUUACAUGAAAUUGAAGUAAGAGAAGAUGAUCCUCAAUAUGGGUUAGUUGAUAAUGGAGGAGACUAUGAUAUUAUUGGCUACCAUGACGUGGGUCCUCGCGCAUUUGCUUUGCGUUUGCAGCCAAACCAACACCAACAGAGUAUUCACAGCGGAGCAGGAUCAGACCUGACAACAUAUCCAUUGCUUUAGUAGUGCAUGCUAAUUUGACCUUCUGGUUUCAUCACUGCCUUUCCUACUUCUGGAGAACUUGCAUUCCUAUUAGUUUCUUUCUUAAUUAUGAUUAAUGAAUGCUAUGGUUAUGUCCGAUGGGAUUUUAAUACAUUAUAUAUUGAUUUUUUUUUUAUUAAUCUCAUGAUAUCUGAUAAC